AUGGCCUCUCCAGCUUAUGGCAAUUGGGCCAACGCGCCUGCCGAUUCAUCCCAUACUGCGACAUCGUCGUUGAGCGGCAACUAUCAGAACGGCAACAGCACGCAAGCAUCACAAUCAGCUCUUCCCUCUCUCUACUCUGCCACAUCUCAAGUUCCACUGAUCAAAGAUCCCUCUCUCCGCGUCCCACCUCCCAUUCCAGCUCCUAAAGACCUUCAUCCUUUGCCUCCCAGGCUCGAAGAUUACUUUGUCUACCCAUUCACCCUCGAACAUUUCGUUUUGGAGCAAAAGGAAAAGAGGGAAAAGUUGAAGAGGGAAGAGCUGAGAAAGGUCGCUCCUGGUUGGACAAGCGGUCAGACUUUGUUGCCGGACAGCGCUAGAAGCAAGAAUGUACCUCUGCCAGCGGAGAGAGGACCCAUGGACGAUCUGGUCAAUCACUUGGCUGCUUUGGACGCUGCUGCUACUGCUGGAGAUAGACAAGCAUCUCAUCCGCAUUGA